ACACACAACCGACUAGAAACUAAAACCCCAGAGAGGAGAAAAACCCCAUACAACAUUUCUGACUCAAGUUUCAUCGCUUGGAAUUGAUGAGGGGACUAUGGAGGUCCUUCACGAGGCUCGGAGGUGUAAGGAGUUACAGUGCGGUGAAGAAGGACCUUAGGAUUGAGGGUGUUAAGCAUGCCAUAGCUGUUGCUUCUGGUAAAGGCGGUGUGGGCAAGUCCACCACUGCAGUUAAUCUGGCAGUUGCACUGGCUAACAAGUGUGGAAUGAAGGUUGGCUUGCUUGAUGCUGAUGUGUAUGGACCAAAUAUUCCUAUCAUGAUGAAGCUCGAAGGAAAGCCUGAAGUGACCAAAGAUAAGAAAAUGAUUCCAAUCGAGAGCUAUGGAGUCAAGUGUAUGUCGAUUGGACUUCUAGUGGACAAGGAUGCCCCACUUGUUUGGAGAGGUCCUAUGGUAUCAAGUGCUCUUGAAAAAAUGACAAGGGGGGUUGACUGGGGAAAUCUUGAUAUUCUUGUGGUAGACAUGCCUCCUGGCACUGGUGAUGCUCAUAUUACUGUAUCCCAAAGGCUGCAAUUAUCCGGUGCAUUGAUUGUUUCAACACCUCAAGAUGUUGCACUAAUGGAUGCUCGCAGAGGAAUUAAUAUGUUCUCUAAAGUUGAAGUGCCUAUUUUGGGAAUUGUAGAGAACAUGAGCUGUUUUAAGUGCCCAAAUUGUGCUGAACGCUGGUUCAUCUUUGGGGAAGGAGGAUCCCGUAAGACAGCAGCAGAGAUGGGAAUAGAAGUUGCUGGCGAGAUACCAUUAGAAGUGGGGAUCAGAAAAGGCUCUGAUGACGGUGUCCCAAUAGUAAUAUCAGCACCUGAUUCUGAUGUCUCAAGGGCAUAUGUCGAUGUGGCUCAGAAAGUUGUCAGCAGACUCGAUGAAUUAUCAAAGGAAGAACAUUCACGUCCUGAGAUUUCCCUUUGAUUUUCGCAGUCUUCCCAUCUUCUCCUUACAACUGAAGUUCUUGUGCUGUUCAGUGUUCACUGAUGUGGAAUUUAUUCAAAGCAGAAGAAUAAUUGCCAGACAAAUUAUUACACUGUCCAUAUUCUGCUUUAUCUGAUUGAUACCCAUCCUAAGCUGCUUGAUUUGAAGUGGUGAAUAGUUCUCAGUGUGCACCCUUUUCCCUCAAAAAGUAUAAAAGGGGAAAAUAAGGGGUUAAGAAAGGACGGUAUCCACUUUGGAACUUUGACACGUGAUAAAACAAGGCACCAUAUAUUCAGUCAAUGACAGAACAAGGUUCAUGUUCCAGCUUGAAAGGGCAGUAUCAAGGAAAACACUUCAGUAUAUGCAUCAUGCAAAUGAACCUCUACUAGUGGACUUAUCUUUCAGAUCUUUAUUAAAGCAGAAACAACUAGUCAACCAACUCUUAUGGACCCUAUGGACAAUGUAGAACACUAUUAGUUUUUGAACCAAACAGUCGGCUUAAACUAGUUUUCCUUUUCUGUUUGUAAGGAGGCAAACAAGUUAGAUGUUACAACAAAAGUCACAACCUCUUACUUACGAAGAUAGUAUGUUACUGGUUAAUAUGACUCUGAGUUAUCAUUAUUUGUUUUUG